AUUGCGGCUACAGGAGGAAAGGUGCGCACACUGCCCAUCCCAUCCUCGGAUAGAAGUCUUCCAGUCGAGUCGUAUUUGAUUCAUGCGGUUUAAACAGCACUCAUGCUUUGUUUUCGCUUGGACUUUUUACUUGACGACCUCCCGCAGUGAGGUUUGUUCAAAUUAAAUUCCGUGCUUAACAGCUGAGAAGAAAAGCGGACUUGAUAAACGACCACAAGACACCAGAAACAGAGGACUUAUUCUGCUCAUAAAUUAGCGAAGAAGAACAUGGAUUUACUAUGUGUAGAUAUGUGUGACGAUAUUAACAAGUAGACGUUAUCUGAUGGGGUUUUGAAACAACUUUUCUUCUACUUUAUUUUUGUUUGUUUUUUAAUUUCUCCAACGAUGGACUGCAGACACUCGUCGCGGACUUUCACACCUGCUCUCGCAAACACAUGAAAAGGAGGAAUCAUGUUGUAUGUGAUGAAAUCUCGGAGCUUAUCGGACAGCAGCAGGGCUAUGGGGAUCAGACAUGGGACGAAAAUUCAUCAUCACUCCAAAUCCAGCUCUAAAAUAUUCUCCAUUUUUAUUCUGCUGCUGCUCAUCUUCACACCCAGAGUGGACUCAUCGUGGUGGUACAUCGGAGCACUGGGUGCUCGUGUGAUCUGCGAUAACAUUCCCGGCCUGGUGAACAAGCAGAGGCAGCUGUGCCAGCGACACCCGGACUUAAUGCAGUCGAUUGGCGAGGGAGCCAAAGAGUGGAUCAAAGAAUGCCAGCACCAGUUCAGACACCACCGCUGGAACUGCAGCACGCUGGAGCGGGACCACACUGUGUUUGGCCGGGUGAUGCUGCGAAGUAGUCGAGAGGCAGCGUUCGUGUAUGCAAUCUCUUCAGCCGGAGUCGUCUACGCCAUCACCAGAGCCUGCAGUCAGGGGGAGCUAAAGAUAUGCAGCUGCGACAGCCACAAGCGAGGCCAAGCAAGUGACGACAGAGGCACUUUCGACUGGGGAGGGUGCAGCGACAACAUCAACUAUGGCAUCAAAUUUGCCAAAGCCUUCGUAGACGCUCGAGAGAAGAUGGUAAAAGAUGCUCGUGCAUUGAUGAACCUGCACAACAACCGCUGUGGUCGGAUGGCAGUGAAGCGCUUCAUGAAGCUAGAGUGCAAGUGUCACGGUGUCAGUGGCUCCUGUUCUCUGAGAACCUGCUGGCUGGCCAUGUCUGACUUCAGGCGGACUGGGGACUACCUCCGCAAGAAGUACAAUACGGCCAUCGAGGUGACCAUGAACCAGGACGGGACGGGCUUCAUGGUGGCUGACAAGGACUUCAAGGGAAGCACCAAGAAUGAGUUGGUGUACGUAGAGAACUCGCCAGAUUACUGCCUCAUGGACCGCUCAGCAGGCUCCUUGGGAACAGCGGGCAGAGUGUGCAACAAAUCCUCCAGAGGCACAGACGGCUGUGAGGUCAUGUGCUGUGGGCGGGGCUAUGACACAAUGCGCGUCAAACGCGUUACCAAGUGCGAGUGCAAGUUCAAGUGGUGCUGCGCCGUGGAGUGCCAAGACUGCGAGAGCGUGGUGGACGUUCACACAUGCAAGCCCCACAAGCGACCUGAUUGGCUGGACGUUACCUAAGGAGGAGACCUGACGAAGCACAAUUACCACUGACUCAUUAACCUGCGCACUAACGGCUGCUUUUUAUUACGGGAUAUGUAAUUGAGAUCUCUUAACUGUCAUACCUCCGGCUUUUGAUCCUUUGACACUUCCUGGAGUGGAAACUUCACAGACCUUGAUGCGAAACUGGAAACUCGGCCCAGUUACUGAUCAUGUGCUGCUUUAAAAACUGUUUCUAAGAACAAUUUAUUGAGCCUUUUUAAAGACAUUAUUUGAUAACAACAGGCUGAAUAUUGUAUUAUAUUAUGUUGCUGUAAAUGCACCCUUGAUUGAUGCAGAGACAUGAGGUAAUGUCUGCUUGUUUUGCAAUAUAUUCAGACUGUGAGGGCACAUGACAGAGCUCAAACUAGUGACAUUUUUUAUAGUUAAGCCUGAAGAGAGGCAGAUAGAGGAAUAAAGAAGAACAGAGCUUUCUCAUUGUUGCAGAAACUUGGACAUUUUAUCAUUCAAAAUGAUAUGAAGUCAUUAUACUAUAUUACUGAAAGGAAACCAUUUAAAAUACGAAUACACUGCUGCUGCUGAUGAGUGCAUCUCCGACCAACUUACAAAAAGCUGGAGGGUGCUAACAAAAAUAUGAAUAAGUGCAGACAAUCACACUGUGAACAAGAAGGAACCAUUAAAAGAGUGAGAAGCAAAGAGGAGUGAAGACUUUCAGCUCAAGUGGCAGCACUUUCAGUUUGUUUUGGAAGGUUUUCACGAGGACAAAAAGGACAAACGAAGAGAAGAAAAUGAAGCUCCACAUGGACUUUGUACAGUUUCCUGAAAGGUUGAACUUUUUCUUUAGUUGGUGUAACACGCUCUGAUAGUGUGGCCUUGGAGAGUUUUUUCAGUUCUACCUCUGGUUCUUCGUCUUUGUUUCAGUGUUACAAUGACAGCUUCUGGCUCCCUCACUCUAAGAAGAAUACUGCGGUAGAACAAUUUUUAAAAAAGGAUUAAGGAAACAACUUUUAUUACGAUUCAAUGCAGUGUUUGAGCAAGACAUACAUUUAACCCUUAAACUUUGACUCCACUGUAACCUGGUGAUUUAACAGAAACCCUGGAAGCAACAGAGAAAAAAGGGAUCUGCAGAUCAAUUUUCAAAGUCGGAUUUUGAAUGCAUCAUCUCCUGCGUUUGUGACUCACAAAAAGCUAGAAAGAAAAUUUUGCCAUGUAGAAAGACAUAUUUGAGAUUUUUUUCAGCCAAAAUAGAACAACAACUUUUAAAAAAUUACAUUUUUUUCUAAAUCUUUUGGUGCAUUUGCCUUAUUUCCCUAAAGAAGAAAAGUCUUAAAACAGAUCUGGACUAAGAUGUUUUUACCUCUUUAAUUUUAUGAGAAAAAAAGCUCAGAAAUUUAAGCAGUCAAUAUUAUUUAUUUGCAGUAAAAACUUAAUUUAACUGAGGUUGGAUACAAUGGAUAUGUUUAAUAGCUUGCUGCCACAGGUGCUGCCGGCGUUUUGGUGUCAAAUGUAACCCUGUUAACUGGCAACUUUCAGCUGAAUGCGUCUCUCCCAAAUGACUUAAGUUUAUCAUGAAACACAUCUGAUGAGAAAAUUGGAUAUAAUAUGAUAAAUAAACAACAGGGUGUCAUUGGCCUAGCAGUAUAAGUGUGCACCCCAUAUAAAGAGGCUAUAGCCCUUUUCAUAGCGGUCGCAGGUUCAACUCCCGACCUCUACCAUUUGCUGCAUGUCUUCCCCCACUCUCUACUCCUGUCUAUCUCCAGCUUUCCUACCCAAUAAAGGCAAAAUUACCCCACCCCCCCACCCCCACACACACCCCAAAACACUCUCUUUCUGUGUCUCACCAGCUGUUAAACCGCUGACACUCACCAGUUAACAGGGUCACUCCAUGAACCAAAACAUGCAUGCUCUGAAAUGGUCACGUUCCCAUCAGAAUCCUGUAGAACUUGAGUCCGUGGUUGGAAUCUCAAUUCUGACAACCAAGCAUGCAACAACCAGACAUUUCGUGCUGUGUUUAAAGCUUGCUAUCUCAUCUGUUUAAAUGGAGCUUCUGUUGCCAGAAUGCACACGCAUAUUUUCGAUGACAUAGGCUGUAAACCAGUCUAUUAUAACGUCCUGGUUUCCAUCUCAAUCUGGGCCUUUUUCUGUGCGUCACACUCACUAUUUCUCCCCCUUCAUUUCCUGUCCAUCUUCAGUUGCCAAUAUCUAUCAGGCAAAGAAAUGCCACAAUAAAUCUGUGUAUAACAACAAUGUUCCUCCAUCAUUAGAACUUGAAACAACAUUUACUUCUUGUUCCUCUGGCUGAAGAUCUUUCUUCAUUGUAAUCCAACCCUUAUUUAUUGAUAUCAGACCACUCUUGGAUCCACUUAUGAUGGUCCGAUAAACUUUUUAUUCUGGGUGCUGCUUUGUCUCAGCUGGUUAACUGCAACUGUACCAUUAGCAAUCUUUGUUGUGACAAAAACGAUAAGAAGUCAGUCAAUGUUGGUAGAGCACCUUCUUCCUUACUGCUAGCUUUCACAGACGCAAUAGCUGUGUCACCAACUAACUUUAAGUUUCUACUCGCAAACAAGAAGGCCAAUGUUCAUACAGAAGUGUCACAUGUCUUAUAUGCUGCUAUGUUUUCAUACAACCUUACAUAAACUGAACAGAAAUAUACAGUAUGUACUUUAUGUUGAAUAUCCUAAUUGUACAGGAAUUGAUAUUAAAGUAAAAUGCUCCUGUUUAUGGGAGCUUAUAAAUCAGUAUGAAGUUCUGUUGCUGUUUUUAAACCUGUCAUAAUUAUAAACACUGUUUCUCUUG